CAACGAAACCAAACCACCCACUUCUUUCCAUGCAUUACUAUUCUGUAACACUCUGCACUUUGAUAUAUACCCCUACAUACCGAUCGCCUCGCUGUCAUCCUUAGAAGUGAACCAGUCUGGUGGAGUCGCGUCGGCCCGAUAAGCGAAACAGGCGCGGCGAUAAGCGCUGAGAAGUUUCCCCGUCACUGCGUCACUUUGCAACCCUCGUCGCUACCUCAUCCUCCUCCUCCUUCCAGAUCAGAGCUCAUAUUGUAACAACUCUCUCCCUCCCUAACUGCCUCCCCCAUUCGCCUUCUCCGUCAUCCUUCUCAUCGCGACUACCCAAUAUAGCAGGUAUGUGCACUUUCCUCAGCGCCAUCAUGUUGUUGUUGGUUUAUGGACUCCCCCCAAUCUCCCCCCUCUUCUCUUCUCUUCUUCUUUCUCUACAACCCUCUCAUAUACCGCAUACUCGUAAACACACACCACUCUCCAAUAACAUAUUUGCUUGCUUCUGUUACUUCUUGCUUGCUCCUGUUGCCUCUUGCUCGUCAAAAAAUUUACAAAGUAUCAAAAAAAAAACGCCAAAAAAUUGUUCUGUUGUUCUGUUGUUCUGUUGUUCUGUUGUUCUGUCGUUCUGUCGUUCUGUUGUUCUGUUCUGUUUCUAUCACUCUAAGCUGUUUCGUUGUGAGGUUGAGUACUGCGUCUAACAAUGAAGUUUAGAUUCGAACUCACUCUCGGCACCGCCGAGCUCAGCUUUGUGGUUGUCUUCCUUACGUUGUUUGGUGUCUAUUGGUUAAUCCUGUUUGCUUUGUGCUUUCUGUCUGUU